AUGCUUGAUAUAUCUGUCACCGAACCUUUUCCCCUUACCAUCCCAGAAUGGACGACUGCGCAAAGAGCAAGUGGCGGCCUUGAACGGUUAUUAGCCCUCCGCGCCUCAGAGGAGAGCCGCAACUCCAAUGCUUGGAUCUCGCUCGCAACGCCCGCUCAGAUCGAAACCCAAUGGCGCCAUCUCGAGGAUUUUAGUGCCACUGCUGGCCCGGCCUCGCUCCCCCUCUUCGGCGUUCCCUUUGCUGCUAAAGACAACAUUGACGUUGCCGGCUUCCCUACCACCGCCGCCUGUCCCAGUUUCGCCAAGGGGCCCCUCGAGCAAGAUUCGACCGUUGUUGCCAACCUCAAGGCAGCCGGUGCUAUUGUUCUUGGCAAGACGAACCUCGACCAGUUUGCCACAGGUCUGGUCGGCACAAGGUCACCUUACGGAGCUGUGAGGAACUCUUUCGACCUCGAGCGGGUCAGCGGCGGCUCUAGUUCUGGCAGCGCCGUUGUCGUUGCCAGGGGCAUAGUUCCCUUCAGUCUUGGCACCGACACGGCCGGCAGCGGUCGCGUCCCCGCAGGCCUCAACAAUCUCAUAGGUUUGAAGCCUACAAGGGGUGCCAUCAGCACAGCAGGCGUUGUACCGGCGUGUCGCAGCCUCGAUUGCGUCUCUAUUUUUGCCCUGACGACCGAAGAUGCCGAAACGGCCCUUGCCGCCGCCGAGGGCUACGACCUCGCCGACUCGUUCUCCCGCAAGCGACCAGAGAUCUCCGCCGCCAGCGGCCGCCGCAUGGCCAUUUGCAGCGAUCCGCAGUGGUAUGGCCAGGAGGAACAAGAGGCUGCCUACGUCAGGGCGAUCGCCAAGGCCGAGAGCCUCGGGUGGACUCUUGUGCCGCGCGACUUCUCGCAGCUGUUUGAGCUUGCGAACCUACUAUACGAGGGUCCCUGGGUCGGUGAGCGGUACGCUGCGAUCAAGGACUUUAUCGAGGCGCAUGAGGAGGAUAUGGACCCCACGGUGCGGACCAUUGUCCUCAAGGCCCGCGGGUUCAAUGCGGCCGACCUUUUCGCGGCCGAGUACCGUCGUCAGGACCUCACGAGGGAUAUUGAAAGGGCUUUUGGCGAGUUCGACGCCAUACUCGUGCCAACGGCACCGACGUUUCCUACGAUCGAGGACCUGGAGAGAGAGCCAAUCAAAGAAAACGCCAUCCUGGGAACAUAUACCAACUUUGUCAAUUUUCUGGACUGGUCAGCGCUGUCAGUACCCGCCGGCUUCAGAGCGGACGGACUGCCAUUUGGCAUCACGCUCAUCUCGACCAUGUGGCAGGAGCCGAAGCUGAUGGCCUUGGCAAGGGAGUGGCUUUCCACGGCGCCGAGGCCGCUGGGAGCUACCAAGGCAGAGAUUCUAGAGCCAGUCAAAGAUGUCAUCAACGAGACCACCAUUGCCGUCGUCGUUGUUGGCGCUCAUCUCACGGGGUUUCCCCUGAACAAAGACCUCACCUGCCGGGGCGCCGUGUUCGACAGAGCCACCAAGACGUCCUCCAACUAUCAGCUCUUCUCUCUCGAUACCGGCAGCCCCAUCAAGAAACCUGGGUUGAAACGCGUCCGUGAGGGUGGAAGCUCCAUAGAAGUCGAGGUGUGGAAUCUGCCCCGGUCUGAGUUGGCGUCAUUUGUCAAGACCAUCGCGACGCCUCUCGGCAUUGGAUCCGUCGAGCUCGAGGACGGCAAUUGGGCACAUAGCUUCAUUUGUGAGCCGUAUGGCCUCGAGGGCGCCAUCGACAUCACAUCUUUUGGAGGCUGGCGUGGUUUCAUGGCGUCGCAAAAGCCACAGACAGCUGAAUCGAAGAGGCUCGCCCGCGAGAUCAAGACGGUGCUCAUCGCCAACCGUGGCGAGAUAGCUGUGCGCAUUAUCAAGACGCUGCGCAAGCUGGGUAUCAAAGCCGUAACCAUACAUUCCCGCGCCGAUGCCAAAGCGCACCACGUCCGUGAUGCCGACUUGUCCUUGGCUCUCGAGGGAAACAGCGUCUCAGAGACCUAUCUUGAUGGGCAGCAGAUCCUCAAACUCGCGAAAGAGUCUGGCGCAGAGGCCAUCAUUCCGGGCUACGGCUUCCUCGCUGAGAAUGCCGACUUUGCCUCACAAGUCGAGGAUGCGGGCCUUGUCUGGAUCGGCCCUACGCCCGACCAGAUGCGCAAGCUGGGUCUGAAGCACCUUGCGCGCGAGGUCGCCAUCUCGGCUGGCGUUCCUGUCGUUCCCGGGAGCAAAUCUCUCCUCGAGAGCGUCGACCAGGCCCUCGCCGAAGCUGAGCGCAUCAAAUACCCCGUAAUGCUCAAGAGCACGGCCGGCGGUGGCGGCAUUGGGCUUAGUCGGUGCAAUGACGCAAAGAGCCUGACUGAGGCGUAUCACAGCGUGCAAAGACUGGCCGAGGCGAACUUUGGCGACGCUGGCAUGUUUGUUGAGCAUUUCAUCGAGAAUGCCAGGCACAUAGAGGUUCAGAUGCUGGGCGACGGCGAGGGCAACUUCACGACCGCCGGCGAAAGGGAUUGUUCGCUGCAGCGAAGAAACCAGAAGGUCGUCGAGGAAAGCCCCGCCGUCUUUGUGCCGCUGGUUGUCCGGGACCGGAUGAGAGAAGCAGCCAAGCGCCUUGCCAAAGCGGUGAAGUACCGCAACGUCGGCACGAUCGAAUAUAUUUACGAUGUUGACACGGAAGAGUUCUACUUCCUUGAGGUCAAUACUCGACUGCAAGUUGAGCACCCCGUGACCGAGUCGGUCACCGGAUUGGACCUCGUUGAAGCUAUGGUCAAGAUUGCUUCUGGAAACAGCCAUGAUCUUUUUCUCAAUCGCGAGCAAGGAUUUGUUGUCAAUGGAAACUCUAUCGAGGUGCGCGUCUACGCCGAGAGCCCUCUGCAGAACUUCCGUCCCUCUCCUGGGCGCCUUCUCGAUGUAGUCCUUCCGAAGAAUGUGCGAGUCGACACAUGGGUCGAGGCUGGCAUGGACGUUUCCUCUUCCUACGACCCCAUGAUUGCCAAGAUCAUCGUCGUUGCUGAUGAUCGAGCAUCGGCGCUUGAGAAGAUGGCACUCGCGCUGGCUGAGACGACCAUUACAGGCGUUGAGACGAACCUCGGAUACCUCCGCCAAAUCAUCGGAUCUGAACUUUUCCGGUCGGGAGACUUCACCACGUCGUCUUUGAACAACUUCAAGGUUGAGGCUUCAGUUAUUGAGGUUGUUGAAGCAGGCUCGCAGACGGCCGUCCAGGAUUUCCCAGGCCGCAAGAAGUUCUGGCAUAUUGGCGUACCCCCUUCCGGCCCCUUUGACGAUUACUCUUUCAGGCUGGCCAACCGCAUCGUGGGCAAUGAUAAGCGCGCCGCGGGCCUGGAAAUGACGGUUCAGGGACCAUCGCUCCUCUUUCAUUCCGAUGCGAUCGUUGCCAUAACUGGUGCCGAGGUCGAGGUGAAGAUUGAUGGGGAAGUUGCGAAGACGAACAUCGCUCUUUCUGUCCGACGCGGCCAGACGUUGGCUAUCGGCAGAGCGAUCAACGGAUACCGUAUGUACCUAGCCAUCCGAGGCGGCGUUGAUGUACCCGAAGUCUUUGGAAGCCGAUCUACCUUUGCCUUGGGCCAACUUGGUGGGCACAAUGGCCGUAACCUCCGCUCGGGCGAUCUUCUUCCUCUCGGUCAAGCUACAGCGACUGAUGCACUGGUCUCGGUGGUUCCAGCCCCUCAGCCCCCUAUUCCUGUUCAACCGGAUGCCGUCUGGAAGGUGGCGGUCGUCCCUGGCCCUCAUGGUGCCCCUGAUUUCUUCGCUGCUGAGGGACUCGACACCCUCUUCGAGGAGGAAUGGUCUGUUCACUAUAAUAGCAAUCGAUUUGGCAUCCGCCUGACGGGUCCCAAGCCUCAGUGGGCGCGACGCACAGGUGGCGGCGCUGGUCUUCACCCUUCGAACAUACACGACACGCCGUACUCGGUGGGCAGUGUCAGCUUCACUGGUGACGAAGCAGUCAUCCUGACAUGCGACGGUCCCAGCCUCGGAGGAUUCGUCGUCUUCUGCGUUAUUGCUUCUUCGGAGAUGUGGAAGCUCGGCCAAAUGCGACCAGGUGACCGCGUCAGGUUCCAGGCAAUCAGCGCCGAAGAAGCUCUCACACGAGAUGCCGCUCUUGAGCAGGCGAUUACUGAGCUCGCGUCUGUUCCACAGUAUGAGAUUCCUGCUCUCAAUGGCCACGGUGCUCCACACCAAAACCUGAAGCCUCUGCUCGGCGACAUUGGAAGCGGUGGUUGUCAGGUUCUGUGCCGACAGGCAGGUGAUAGAGCGAUGCUGCUCGAGUUUGGCGAAGAUGACUUCUCGCUUCGCACAAGUUUCCUCAUUUACUCUUUCAUUGAUCGGCACAAACAGCAGUCCAUUCCUGGCGUGGAAGAACUCACGCCCGGUGUUCGCACCCUCCACGUCCAGUACGCAGCAGGCAUCUCGCCCCAGACGAUGCUCGACGCGCUUCGCAUCCACGAGAACGCGUCUACUCCGUCUUCUCUUCCAUCACGAUCAUUCCGCCUUCCCCUCGUCUUUGACGACUCCGUGUCUCAGGCCGCCAUCGCUCGCUACGCUGCCACCAUCCGCGACAAGGCUCCUUGGCUGCCGAGCAAUGUCGAUUUUCUGCAGCAGCUAAACGCCCUUCCCUCGCGCGACGCCGUCUCUGACAUUCUUAUCGACGCCUCCUUUCUCGUUCUUGGCCUCGGCGACGUCUUCCUUGGCUCCCCUUGCACAGUGCCUCUUGACCCGCGCCACCGCCUCACGGGCACAAAAUACAACCCUUCGCGCUCCUUCACGCCGUGCGGCGCCGUAGGCUUCGGCGGCAACUACAUGUGCAUAUACGGCAUGGAUUCGCCGGGCGGAUACCAGCUCGUCGGUCGCACGAUCCCCAUCUGGGACGAGGUUCUCGCCACCAGCACGAGGAGCAACGGGGGCGCCGCCAAGAAGCCGUGGAUGUUCCGCCUGUUCGACCGCAUCUCCUUCUACCCCAUUUCCGAAGCAGAACUCGACGCCGCCGUACGCGAGGGCAGAGCCAGCACGCUCGUGCACGCCGAACCCGGCACCAUUGAGCUCGAGACGUAUGAGGCGUGGCUUGCAGCGAACAAGACGGAGCUCGACGCCGUCGUGGCCGCGCGCGAGGCCGCUUUCCACAACGCGCCCUUCCUCGAGGAACUCCUGCGCCCCUACGAGGCUCCCGAGGGGGAGAAACGCGCACUCGGGGGAGAGGACGUCGACGGCGAGCGCGUGCGUGCGCAGAUGCCGGGCAAGUGUUGGCGGUGCGUCGUCAAGGAGGGGGACGAGGUCGAGGUCGGGGAUGCGCUUGUCUGGAUCGAGUCCAACAAGAUGGAGAUUAAGAUUUCCAGCCCCGUCAAGGGACGGGUCACGCGGGUGUUUGUGGAGGAGGGCGAGAUUGUCGGGCCGCACGAUGAUUUACUCGUCAUCUCGGCUGUCUGA